CGGAGGGAAAAGGGCUCCCUUUGCGCUGUGCAGCGGGUGCUGCGAUUGGGCGACGGUCCCUGAGCCUAGAGCUCCGCGUCGGUUUCAAGGCUCCUCCCUCCCGGUGAAAGACAGACUGCGGGGCGCCUAGAAACCGGUUGGAGGGCGCGCGAGGGAGAGGAGAGGCUGCGAGUUGAGGGAUUGACACAAAUGGUCUGGCGGCGGCGGAGGAGGAGGAGGCGGAGGCGCAGGGGGGACCCGGGGCGGCUAGGCUGCCCAGAGUUGCGCGCUCCUCUGCCCGGCUGCGGCCACUAGCAAGGCGCCGCCGGCCAAGAGCCACAGCCCGCCGGGGGCCGGGAAAGAGGGACGCGACCCCGGCGCGCCCAGACCACUCCUGCUCUCCUCGCCGCCCGCGCUUCAUGAACCGCAAGUUUCCGCGGCGGCGGCGGCGGCUGCGGGACGCGGAGCAGAAUCCGGGGGAGCGGGCAGAGCGCGGCCUUAGCCCGACGGAGGGCACGGGCGAGGACCAGAUCUCCCGGAACACAGUGGGAACCGCCACCCGCCGCGCCGCUGCCUGCCCCAGCCGACCGGCGCCGAGGAGGGAGCCGAAAAAGUAUGGCUGAGGAGGCGGUGCCUAGCGAGUCCCGGGCCGCCGGCCGGCCGAGCUUGGAACUUUGUGCCGUAGCACUGCCCGGCCGGCGGGAGGAGGUGGGGCGCCAGGACACCGCUGGCCACCGCCGGCCCCGGGCUGACCCCCGGUGCUGGGCUAGAGGGCUGCUGCUGCUUCUUUGGCUGCUGGAGGCUCCUCUGCUUUUGGGGGUCCGAGCGCAGGCGGCGGGCCAGGUAUCCGGGCCGGGCCAGCAAGCUCCGCCGCCGCCCCAGCCACAGCAGGGCGGGCAGCAGUACAACGGCGAACGGGGCAUCUCCAUCCCGGACCAUGGCUACUGUCAGCCCAUCUCCAUCCCGCUGUGCACGGACAUCGCGUACAAUCAGACCAUCAUGCCCAACCUGCUGGGCCACACGAAUCAGGAGGACGCCGGCCUGGAGGUGCACCAGUUCUACCCGUUGGUGAAGGUGCAGUGCUCAGCCGAGCUCAAGUUCUUCCUGUGCUCCAUGUACGCGCCUGUGUGCACCGUACUGGAGCAGGCGCUGCCGCCCUGCCGCUCCCUGUGCGAGCGCGCGCGCCAGGGCUGCGAGGCGCUCAUGAACAAGUUCGGCUUCCAGUGGCCAGACACGCUCAAGUGCGAGAAGUUCCCUGUGCACGGCGCAGGAGAGCUGUGCGUGGGCCAGAACACGUCCGACAAAGGCACCCCGACUCCCUCCUUGGUGCCGGAGUUCUGGACCAGCAAUCCGCAGCACGGCGGCGGUGGUUACCGCGGCGGCUACCCGGGGGGUGCCGGCCCGGUGGAGCGGGGAAAGUUCUCCUGCCCGCGCGCCCUCCGGGUGCCUUCCUACCUCAACUAUCACUUUCUGGGGGAGAAGGACUGCGGCGCGCCCUGCGAACCCACCAAAGUAUACGGGCUCAUGUACUUCGGGCCUGAGGAGCUGCGCUUUUCGCGCACCUGGAUAGGCAUCUGGUCGGUGCUGUGCUGCGCCUCCACGCUCUUCACGGUGCUCACGUACCUAGUAGACAUGCGGCGCUUCAGCUACCCGGAGCGGCCCAUCAUUUUCCUGUCCGGCUGUUACACAGCGGUGGCGGUGGCCUAUAUCGCCGGCUUUCUGUUGGAGGACCGGGUGGUGUGCAACGACAAGUUUGCAGAGGACGGGGCGCGCACGGUGGCGCAGGGCACUAAGAAGGAGGGGUGCACCAUCCUCUUUAUGAUGCUCUACUUCUUCAGCAUGGCCAGCUCCAUCUGGUGGGUAAUCCUGUCCCUCACCUGGUUCCUGGCAGCCGGCAUGAAGUGGGGCCACGAAGCCAUCGAGGCCAACUCACAAUAUUUUCACCUAGCCGCCUGGGCUGUACCAGCCAUUAAAACUAUAACCAUCCUGGCGCUGGGCCAAGUGGAUGGCGACGUACUGAGUGGAGUGUGUUUUGUGGGGCUCAACAACGUGGAUGCUCUGCGGGGCUUUGUGCUGGCGCCGCUCUUCGUCUAUCUGUUCAUCGGCACCUCUUUCCUGCUGGCUGGUUUCGUGUCGCUCUUCCGCAUCCGCACCAUCAUGAAGCAUGACGGCACCAAGACAGAGAAGCUGGAAAAGCUCAUGGUGCGCAUCGGAGUCUUCAGCGUGCUCUACACCGUGCCGGCCACCAUCGUCAUCGCCUGCUACUUCUAUGAGCAGGCCUUUCGGGACCAGUGGGAGCGCAGCUGGGUGGCCCAGAGCUGCAAGAGUUAUGCCAUCCCUUGCCCUCACCUCCAAGGAGGUGGAGGCGUCCCACCACACCCACCCAUGAGCCCCGACUUUACAGUCUUCAUGAUCAAGUAUCUCAUGACGCUAAUUGUGGGCAUCACAUCGGGCUUCUGGAUCUGGUCCGGCAAGACACUGAAUUCCUGGAGGAAGUUCUACACGAGGCUUACCAACAGCAAACAGGGGGAGACUACCGUCUGAAACCCAGAGUCUUACCUGCCCUUUUCUGGCCGGAUCCCAGCUAUCGCCUGAAAGCUGGCUCCAAGGAAUUCCUGCCAAGCCUAGUCGCUCCAGGCUUCCUCGCCAGACAUACACUUUUGCAGGCUCCUUUUUUAACAAACAGCACAGGUUCUGCAAAAGCUUCCGUCCCUGGGGUAAAGGAACGAGAGGGCCCAACUGCUAGAGGGGUUUGUUUGUGUGGACCGACCUCUCUAGCCCUCGCUCCGCUACUAGGACUGUACCCUUUUAUGAUUGUAAAUAACCUGUGUAAGAUUUUUGUACGUAUAUUUGUAUUUAAAUAUUAUCGAGUACGCGUUUUUUUUUUCUUUUUAAAAAUGUUUAAUUAUUUAGGGCGAUUUAAGCAUCUCGGAGCUUUUCUCACUUGCUGUUUCCUGCGGACUGUAGAGGAGGUAACACAGAGCACAUUUGAUGAGUGCUUUGCCCUGUGCCCUCAUCCUUGUUAUGGGAGCAUGGGCCUGGCUCUUGCACUGAGGGCUGUGACAGGGGCUGCCUCUCCAGGGUCAAUUCCUUCAGCUUCUUCCGCCCCUCCCCUUUCUUGCUUGCAGUGGGAAAUUUUAAGGUGCAGAACUCCAUAAAGUUUCCAGAUCCCGAGGUGGGCCCCGCCCAUUCCAGUUCCUCCCCCUUUCAGCUGUAGAGUGUGGAGGGCUGCCCCUGAGACUUCCUGAUGCUGCUUUUUUGAGAAUCACCUUUCAACUUCAUUAGAGGCCCCAGCAUGGGCACAGCCAGUUAACCCAGCCUCCCUCUAUCUACUCUGGUGUCCCUCGCCCAGUUUCUUUCUCCUUCCACCUAAGUUGGUCAGAGGGAAUGCAGUCACCAGUACCAAACUUUGGAAAGUCUGACUUUUUAAUAGAUGAGCUCAUAUUUACUCUCUAGUGUCUGGAACCUGCUAUGGGUCUGGUCCCCAUCGUGGAAAGUGCAGCAAGCUUUGUGGGUUGGGACAGACUAAAGAGAGGUUAUAAAACGUUAGUUCUAAUUGCAUUCUGAUGUCUGGCAAUCAAUCUCCUUUCCCCCCCCCCCGGUGUUCCUUCUUGCUUCUUGCUUUUACCCUUCUAUGAGAUGCAGACAUCGAGGUCACCCGGCAAGUUUGGUGAAGGAGUUGGUUUUUACCUUCCUAAACGGGAUAGUAGAACAUAACCAGAACAUGAAAACUGAAGGAGAUUUCAGUGGAGCGCAGUUCCUCCAAGUGAAACGGCUGCUUUCUGGUUUUAACCGAACUGCAAUUAGACAUAUAUCAGUCGUCACAAUCUAAAAGUUCUACACUAUCAACAUGAUGCUUACUUCUCAGCAGCACAUUCUGAGGGAGGAGCAGUCACACCCCUACAGAAAGCCUGGUUGGACUUCCGAAGACAGAGGAGGUGGACUGACGGAUGGGUGAGAGAAACAAACACAAACUGGGCAUGCAUGCUGAAGGGGAAGUGUGUCCAUUCCUACUGCGUCCCAUCUUGUGUGCUCUUGUCUGGAUUCACGGCAGUGUGUUCAAUGUAAAUCUCUCAGAGCCAUUUAAAAAUACUCACUUUAGUUCUUCAUGAAGAAGAGGAAAAAAAGCAGUCCUCCCGAUUGUAGUAUUCAAACUUUUAAGAGUUUAUCACAAAUGCCGGUACAUAGGACCUAAAUUUAUCUAUGUCUGUCAUACCCUUAAAUGACAUUGGUUUUGAAUUUGGUAUGCGUUAUUAUUAUUAUUGUUAUUAUUAUUGUUCUCACCACCAUGAGAUCAUCUAUAUUUAUAGAGGAAUAGAAGUUUAUAUAUAUAAAAUGCCAUAUUUUUAAUUUCGCAAAUAAAAAAAGUGAAAGUUUUGUACGAAAUUACGUUGUUUUUGUGCCUGAAAAUAACCAUCCUAUCUGAACUGCCUUUACAUUUUACAGUGCCUCACAACCAGUCCACAACAUACAAACCGAAAGAUUCGGUGGACAAACCCGCCCUUCCAAAGAGCAACCAGUCUGCCUUCCGAGUGGCAUUUGUAAAGCACUAUUUUCAUGACAGCAGAAAACAGAAGGUUUCAGUCGUUUAACCAAACAAUGUCGUCAUUAAAGUAUAACUAAUUUUAA